AAUGGGUGACAGUUCUGUGUCAUAUUUUAGGACAAAACUUUCUGUUAUCUGAUUUUUUAACUGUAAAUAUCGGAAUAUUUCGUUAUCAGUUAGGUUAAAGUUGUUUUUAAGCUGCUUAAAUGGAAUAAUUUCUGAAAAAUGAUAUCUGAGAUGGUCAUUACGGUUUAUCCAGGAACUCCAAUUUCUUUUUCUUCGUAUUUUGGAUUGUGAUGGCCGGGUUAUUCCAAAGACCCCUCCCCUAUUGUGUGUUUGUCCAUGUGUGUGUGUGUGUGUGUGUGAUGUGAGAGAUUGGUCUAGAGCUGUGAAUGCACUGUGAGGAUAAGGCAAGUCUGAACAAGCUGGUGAAAAAUGUACGGUUUCAUCAACACCUGUUUGAAAUCCCUGGUCAUAGAGAAGUUUGGUGAAGAGACUUGGGAAAAACUAAGGACACUGGCCGAGGUCCAGGACACUUUUAUGACCUACGAAAUUUAUGACGACAUCAUGACCCUGAGGCUGGUCUCGGAGGCUUGUGCGAUGCUGGAUGUGUCCUCAGAGGUGGUGCUUAAGCUCUUUGGCGAGUACUUCUUCAGCUUCUGCAAGAUGUCUGGCUACGACACCAUGCUGCGCACACUCGGUGGCAACCUGGUGGAGUUUAUCGAAAACCUGGAUGCUCUUCACAGCUACCUAGCGUUGUCCUAUCAAGAGAUGAACGCGCCUUCCUUUCGGGUUGAGAAAAUGAAUGACAACAGAAUGCUUCUCCAUUAUUACUCCGAUCGCAAAGGCUUGUAUCACAUAGUGCCUGGAAUUAUAGAGGCGGUAGCAAGGGACUUCUUUGACAGUGAGGUGGACAUGACCGUGCUUAACCAAUCAGAGGAGAAUGAGCGCACGGGGAAGAAGGAACAUGUGGUCUUUCUCGUGGUCCAGAGGCCUAACCAGGCACAGAGGAGAGCUCAGCCCAGUGAUGGACAAGCCCAAGUUCAAAAAGAGGCAUACAAGAAGGAGGUGGAAGAGACCAUGAACAGACUGAAGGACAGAUACAGCAGCCUUCCUGCAUGUCCAAGGAAGAGGGCACCUUGGGACAUUGUCAGGAGCAUUGUUCGAUUUGGCCAAGGGAAUUUUGUCACUGAGUUCAUCCCACAGUAUCCGGAGAGGCUGUGGAUUGAGGAGAAGGCCUUUUGUAAUGCCUUUCCUUUCCACAUUGUCUUCAAUAAAAAUCUGCAAGUGAAGCAAACAGGUGUCAACAUCCAGAAGUUUGUACCUGGCCUCCAGAACAUGGAUAUCCGCCUAGACGAAUACUUCAGCAUCGUCCACCCCCAGGUCACCUUCAACAUCGACAGCAUCAAGAAGUUCAUCAACAGCCAGUUUGUGCUGAAGACACGGCGGGAGAUGAUGCCGGAGUGUGUCCAGCAGCAGGCCAUGCUGAAGCUCAGAGGGCAGAUGGUGUGGAUGGAGUCUCUGGAGUGCAUGGUGUACCUGUGCUCGCCUAAGCUGCGCAGCCUUCAGGAGCUGGAAGCGCGCGGCCUUCACCUGUCCGACAUCGCACCGCACGACACCACACGCGACCUCAUCCUGCUCAACCAGCAGCGGCUGGCCGAAAUCGAGCUCUCCAACCAGCUGGAGCGCAAGAAGGAAGAGCUGCGUGUCCUCUCGCGCCACCUGGAGGUGGAGAAGAAAAAGACAGAGGUACUGCUCUACGCCAUGCUGCCUCGCCACGUCGCCAACCAGCUGAAGGAGGGCAAGAAAGUAGAAGCAGGAGAGUUUAAAGUGUGCACCAUCCUCUUCAGUGAUGUGGUGACCUUCACCAACAUCUGUGCUGCCUGUGAGCCCAUUCAGAUAGUCCACAUGCUGAACUGCAUGUACUCAAAGUUUGAUCGCCUCACGAGCGUCCAUGAUGUAUAUAAGGUCGAGACCAUUGGUGAUGCUUACAUGGUCGUUGGCGGUGUGCCAAUUCCUACAGAGACGCACGCGGAGAGGGUGGCCAACUUUGCCCUGGGAAUGCGGAUUGCUGCCAGGGAGGUGACCAACCCUAUCACAGGAGAGCCCAUUCAGAUACGCGUGGGUCUCCACACGGGGCCCGUGCUGGCAGGUGUGGUAGGGGACAAGAUGCCGCGCUACUGCCUGUUUGGAGACACGGUCAACACGGCCUCUCGCAUGGAAAGUCAUGGAGUUCCUGACCACAUCCACUUGAGUCCAUUUACUUACAGGGCCCUGGAGGGUAAAGGCUUCAACAUUGGAGAGCGCGGGGAGAUCGAGGUGAAGGGAAAAGGUCUGAUGUCCACCUACUUCCUCCUGGGGAACCUUCACGCCACAGAGGAGCAGAUCAUGGGAAGGGAGUCGGACGAGCUGUACAGGGACGCCCCAGAAGGCCGGGUACAGAGCCGCAGAGUCUCUGAGCGCCCAGACAGAAUAAGAAGUGCCCGGUCCUCUGAUGUGGCCAGUGAGGAUCCAAACACCAAGAGCACAGCCACCCACACCAUCUCAGGAGCACAGCCAAUCAACAACCAGCCUAAAUCUGUCAACUCCAGACUCUGCCUCCUGUUAUAGUCAGAUUUAGGUCUGUGUCAAUUAGGUAUUGUGCUACAGUCGUAACAUUAUAUUAAGAUGUAUAAGAACAUAGAAAGUUAUCUUUUUUAUCUAUUUAUUCAUAUUUAUCUAUAUAUGUAUUUAUUUAGGUCUAUGCCUACAUAUAAUAGAGGUGUAGUUCCUGAAAUUGGAGAGGAUAUUUAUGCAGUAGGCCUAGCCUAUGAUCUUUUAAAAACUCAAAUAAUGAUUUUGCGAAUUUACAUGAGACUUAAAUAAAAUGAAAUACUUUGUUCAA